AUGUCUAAUUCACCUUCGCCUAGCACAUCAAAGCGAAAGAGUCAUAUUGUGGUUGAGACAUUGGGCGCAACCACAUCAGAAACUGAAGAAGGUCUUCGUAAGAUCAACAAUUACUUACUUAAGAAGGAAAUCGGUCGAGGUGCCUUUGGUACAGUUCAUCUAGGCAUUGAUGAAAUAACUAAAAAAGAAUAUGCUAUCAAAGAGUUUAGCAAAUCACGGUUACGAAAAAAGGAACAAAUGGACCAGUUUCGUCGUUCAGGGCCUCGACGACGUUUAGCCGGUUUAGGCGUCAAUCGUCAACAGGCAGUCAAGGGAAGCGAGAAUCCACUGGAUCUUGUUCGUGGUGAAAUUGCCAUUUUGAAGAAACUAGAUCACCCUCACGUUGUUCGUCUGUUUGAGGUCUUGGAUGACCCCUCGGGUGACUCACUUUAUAUGGUGUUUGAAAUGAUGCAUAAGGGUGUUCUUAUGAAUAUCGAGACUGACCAAGUGGCCACGCCCUAUUCAGUUGAUGUGGCCAGACGCUACUUUAAAGAGAUGAUGCUGGGUAUUGAGUACUUGCACGCAAAUGAUAUUGUUCAUCGUGAUAUCAAACCAGACAACCUGCUCAUCUCCAAAGACGAUGUACUCAAAAUCGUCGAUUUCGGUGUCUCUGAAAUGUUUGUCAAGGGCAACGAUAGGUUGAAGAAAUCAGCAGGCAGCCCAGCAUUCAUGGCACCUGAGCUCUGUGUGGCUCGACAUGGUGAAGUCUCUGGAAAGGCGGCAGAUAUCUGGUCCAUGGGUGUCACGCUUUACUGCUUGAUCUAUGGUAAAACACCAUUCAUGAGCAGUAAUAUUAUGGAGCUCUAUGAACAGAUCAAGGAAGCACCAGUUGAGCACGGAGAUGGUAUAGAUGCCAACUUGCGUGAUCUGUUUGAGAGAAUUCUUGAUAGAAAUCCAGAAACGCGUAUUACUAUGAAAGAACUUCGUAACCAUCCUUGGGUAACUAACGAUGGCACAGAAACUAUGAUAUCUGAAGAAGACAACUGCAACAUUGUAUCUGAUGUCACAGAUGAAGAAAUGAAGAAUGCGAUCAAGAGUAUUGCUAGCUUAUAUGUAGUGAUGAAAGCUGUCAGUAAAUUCAAGCGUCAUUCACGCUCCUUGUCUCAGCAACAGACUGAGUUGCAUGAAAAGCUACAGGAUUUACAUGUUUAA